AUGGAUAUUCAAACCCUGUUAAACAACCUUCACGAAGAGUUAUCAUGCUCUGUGUGUAUGAGCAAGUACACCGAUCCAAAGCAGUUGCCGUGUUUGUAUAGUUUUUGCCUUCAUUGUCUGAAUGGGAUUCAACGAACGAGUGGCAGAAGAGAUAAAAUUGCGUGCCCGGAGUGCAGACAGGAAUUCAAUGUCCCUGAUAAUGGAAACCUAGCAGCUUUGCCAACAAACUUUCGCAUUAACAGCUUGCUCGAUGUAUUAGCUAUAAGGGAGUGCAAUACAACCGGAGUUAAGUGUGGAAAUUGCGACGAACGAACGAAACAAAGCCAUUAUUGUUUCCAGUGUUAUUCUUUCUGGUGUGAAGAGUGCAUUGGUCUUCACAAUAGGAUCAAGGCGAAUAAAGAGCACUACGCGCUGGCAUUGGAAGAAUUUCAAGACCAAGACUUUGAGAACAUUUUAAAGCGACCGACAUUUUGCGGAAUUCCAGGCCACGAAAAGGAAAAAAUGAAGUUCUUUUGCAAGAUCUGCGAAGUCGCAAUUUGCAACUCCUGUGCUUUGUUAGAUCACGAGGGGCACGCAAAGAUGCUUCUUGAACUGGCUGCAAAUGAGCGGAAGUUAAGACUGAAAUCUGCGAUUGAAUCUCAGAAAAAAAAAGCGCAAGCAAAGAAAAGUCAAAUCGAGAAACUUAACGAACGUUACAAUGAAGUUCUGGAACAAGCCGCAUGUGUCAGGAAAAACGUAAUUGAAUAUGCUGACAGCGUUCAUGCAGCUAUUGAAGCAAAGAAACUAGAAAUCCUUGAUAAUUUGGAAAGGAAAACAGAAUCAACUCUUGAACAAAUAGAAAUACAUAGGAACGACAUGCAGAGGGGGUGUCAACUUUGUGAAUCAGAUAUUGAAAAGACUGAAACACUUAUAAAGCGAUGCACAAGCGCUGAAAUCAUGCAGCCGAGCGAUAUGUUGGACAAAAUAGUAAAGGAUGAAAAUAACCAAGAUGACACAGCCGACUGUGAAAGGGGUUUUCCGGGACUCUGUUUUGUGAAAAAUCAAAAGUUGUUCUAUCUUGCAUCCCUUGAACAAAUUGGCUCCCUUAAUUAUCUUUCCAUUACCAGAGCCCAACAAUCAAGUGCUGAUGGAAAAGGAAUCAGUGAAGCGAUUGUUGGACUUGAAUCACAGCUCAUUGUGACAACAAGAAACGCGGAGGGCCAACAGUAUCACGACGAUUACGACUCUGUAACACUGGAAAUCAGCAAUCGUCAAAGCGAUAAUUGCGCAGCUGAGGUGCAAGUCCAAGAUAACAAAGAUGGCACUUACAAGAUCAAAUAUUUUGCCAAAGAAACAGGAACAUGCAGUGCAUCAGUGAAGGUUAAUGGAGAACAUAUCCGUGGCAGCCCUUUUGAGGUUCAAGUCAAACCCAGACAGUUCAGACCUGUGUUAUCUUUUGGAGAACAGAUACUGAAGUAUCCUUGGGGGGUAGCAGUAAAUGAAGAUGAAAUUGCAGUGAGUGACAUUGGUAACCAUAAGAUCCAUUUAUUCAAGAGCGAUGGAACUCUUAUUAAAUCUCUUGGUGGAGAGGGAGCACAGCCUGGUGAGUUUAGCAGGCCUGCUGGGAUAGCUUUUCAUGUUGCUAAUAUUAUUGUGGCUGAACAAAAUAAUGAUAGGGUUCAAGAAGUCAGUAAACAGGGGCAAUACCUGAGCCAUUUUGGUGAAAAAGGAAGUCUUGAUCGGCAACUUAAUAAUCCUUGUGGUUUAUCAAUUGACAGUGAUGGCAACAUCCUUGUUGCUGAUUUAAAGAAUAAGUUGAUAAAGAUCUUUUCUGCUGGGGGUCAAUUUUUAAGUAAAAUUGGAAAAGAGGGUUCUUUCACUAGACCAUUUCACUGUAUUCAACACGGCAAAUAUGUCAUAGUAUCAGACGAAGGUGAUCAUUCUGUAAAAUUCUUUGAUAGGAAAGGUAACUUUCUUAAUAAAUUUGGGAAGAAGGGAGAUGCUGACGGAGAGUACAACGCGCCGUCUUGCUUGUCCAUGGACAAAGCGGGACACCUGAUGGUUUGUGAUGAACAAAAUCACAGGAUUCAGGUGUUUGAUCUGAGUGGCAAGUUUGUCGCUAAGUUUGGAACAAAAGGAAGUGGGAAAGGAGAGUUUAAUGAACCGGUCUCAGCAGCAGUUCUUAGUGAUGGUAAAAUAGUUGUGUCUGACUUUAUUAAUCACCGCAUUCAGCUUUUUGAAUAA